CGCAGAUCGAACGAGCGCUACCACAGGAGACAUGCAUUUAGGCAAAAAAUCAUCAACAUGAUCAUGACACACAUUCCAGAAUCUUCUUGUUUCCGUCCUUCACUUACUCCACGACGUCCUUCUAGGUUUUAGCUACUCAUCCUUGUUCUCGUUGAUGUUGGUCUGGUAGAGAGAUUUUUGGGUAAGAAUGACUUUCGAGGAUAUGGCGCUAAUGUUUGACCGAGAGACUGCGAAAGGAAAUCGCGGCGUUGGUUUUAAGUCAAAAAACGAAUGCAUCCGUUGAAGCCAACGUAGUACGUGCGGGGGGUCAGCUAUGCAAGUUCGACGAGCAAUUGCGAGCACGUGAGAAUCCUGCAACUGACGAUUAUGAUAAAGGGAG